CUUUUUCCGUUGGGCUUACUUUGUUUGCUGUGCCAUCAUGAGCGGAUCCAAAGCGUCGAAUAAAUUGGAAACAUGGGGAAAUGAAACGACUAUGAACUUGAAUGCUAUUCUUUACAAGAACAUUCUCGCUUCACCGUAUUUCAAGUCUCUCUAUGAAAAAAAGACAUUCCACGAAAUGGUAGAUGAAAUUUACAACCAAGUCUAUAACUUGUCGCCAUUUCUCAAGGGAACCAUGCCGUCCACUGCGUUUGUUUGUUUGUUUAAGAUGUGGACACUGCGUUUAACCGUGAAACAGAUCGAGAAUAUGAUUGACCACCCGGAUUCUCCUUAUAUUCGUGCCAUCGGCUUCCUGUAUCUUCGUUACGUAUGUGCUCCGGCUCAAUUGUGGGAUUGGUUUUCUUAUUAUUUGGAGGACGAUGAAGAAUUGGAUUUGUCUGGUGGUCCUAAACCGGAGAAAUCGACAAUUGGUAAGCUGUGUCGCUUGUUAAUUACGGAACAAAAGUAUCAAGGCACCAUGUUACCUCGCAUUCCUGUUCCAAUUGCGCGCGAUCUUGCCAAAAAGCUGGAGGAUUAUGAUGCGGAAAUGAAGGGUCAAAAGCAUGAAAGCGAACGUGACAACCGUCGAUUCGAUGACCGGGAUCGAGGCGGUUCCAGAUACCGCCGUGACCACUCUCGUAGCCAAAGUCCUCGACGACGAGAUCGUGGGGAUGAUCGACGACGACAACGUGAUUUCAGAAAUGAUAUAGAUGAUUAUGAACGACGUCGUGGACACAGUCGUCAACGAGAUCGUAGUCGGUCAAGGGACCGACGUUCAAGGUACAAAGAUGAUGAUCGAUCUUACAGACGCAGAAGAAGUAUCAGUCCUCGCGAUCGGUAUCGAUCCCGUUCUCGUUCACGAUCUACCGACCGCGGUAGCCGUCAUUCUUAUCGACCCAGUGGCAGUGAUCGUUCCCGAUCCUAUUCGAGAGACCGCUAAAAACGGGGCCACCAAUAUGAAAAUCAAUAGUACAUCGAAUUAAAAAAAAAAAAAAAUACUGUACACAGAACAGCCAACGAAAUUGUUGCAACAUGCACCUGAACCUCCCAUUUGCUCUCUAUAUGAAAUAGAAGUCCAUUUUUCCCAUCAAGCCUUCCGAAAACUUUCUACCCUUUAUAUGGUAACGGCGAGGGAUUAUCUUUGGGCAGGUGGAGGUUGCGGUGUUUAGGUUCAAAAUGGAUGAAGAAAAAAAAAUAUAGGUAAACCAGCAAUGUUACGGUAGGGUCAACAGUAAACUGUGCAAAGAAAAAAGAAAGAACGAGAGCAAAUGUGGUGAAAAAAAAGGGAAAAAAAAGGAUAAAAAGGGAAAAAGAAAGCGUAAUCCAAAUGAGAACGUCCAUAAACAAG